AUGGACAAGCGCUUACGGGCAUUAACCCCGGGCCCAGUAGCAACCUCCCCCGCAUUAGUUCCAACAUCAACACCUUCCCUCCCUCUGCAUACCCUCAAGCAGCACCACCGCCCUACACAGAUCAUACCCGGCGCUUCUGUUUCCUCUUCCUUACGCAAACCAUCAUCAAACGCUAGCUCUCCACGCAUGCGCCCCACGUACUUGCACACUCGCACCCAUACUCACGCCCCUGCCCCACGCACAAAUGGUUGGCUGGAAGAUGAGGAAGACGAACGCAAAACGCCCGAUUCACUCGCACCCACCAAGCAAGAAACAACAACGACGACGACGACUGGAAUUGGUAGCAGUUAG